CCCUGAUCGAACGGUGCAGCAGCCCGCCAACACCUCGGACCCAACUCCAACCACCCAAGCAGCCAAAAAGGCAGCCGAACUUUACUCGACUUUAUUACUAUCCCACCAUGUCGGUCAUCCGGGAGCACACGCAGGCGACGCUGAGCGACGCGUGGCGGACCAUCAACAUCGACGCGCUGCAGGAGGACUCGAGCGUCAACUUUGACACGUCGACGCUGCACCCGCCGCUGCCCGAGGCCUCGGAGCCCGAGGUGCGCCAGCUGGCCGGGCAGGUACGGCAGCUCCUUCGGGGAGGCGACGCCGAGGGCGCGCUUCGUGGCUGCCUCGAGUCGCCCGUCUACUCCAACAGCAGCGAGCUGGCGCGCGACGCCCACCUCCAGACCGUCAUCGAGGUCCUGCAGAGCAUUAAGGCCAGUGAUAUGACGCCGAUGUUGCAGCGUAUUUAUGCUAGUCCCGGGGGGAGUGAGUGUUUGGAUGUGUUGAUGAAGUAUCUGUACAAGGGCAUGGCAGCGACAUCUACGGCAUCGGGCAGCAGCGCGCCCCGUACACCCACCCGUAUGACGCCCCAGCAGACCGGCUUUAGCCAGAUUGGUGCCCGUCCCGGCGCCCCUACCGAGUCGACCGGCGCCGCCAUGAGCGUGCUGCUCAGCUGGCACGAGAAGGUUGUCGAGGUGGCGGGGUUGGGGUGCAUAGGCCGGGUCAUGACCGACUGGCGGAGGGUAUGAAUGGACGUAAUGGGUUUCUGGCGUUGGAGCAUGGUUUGGCAGGCAAGAUUAACUUUUUUGCUGUGUAUAGACGGGGAGGCUGCGUAUUGAAGCCUAUGUGGAAUGUACCCGGCAACACGGCCUGGUUUUGACCAUCACGUCUCCGUUCUCGAAAGAAGUGAUGGGGAUUCCCAACCAUUGCUGGUGAAUUUGGGAUGGCAGCAAAUACCCGCGACAGCGUGAAGGUACGAAGGAGCCAGUAUACAAAUCUGUGGUUUACACUACCCAUCCGCCUACUUUUGCUCCAAAAUAUCCUUCAAAUUCACCUCCCCACUCCCUCGUUUCAACGGCUUCGGCUGGUUUCCACCCGCCUUCCACCCAAUCAUGUGAAUCACCCUGAAAGUCGCCGGGAUACUCCCGUCCUCAUUGCCGUGCAACGCCCUAUAAAUGCCCUCGUUCGCGAGCAACACAUCCCUACCAAU